UGAACGUGUUUCGUGAUGCGGUAAUUUUUUGCGCCUUUUGAAUUUUUUGAGUUUGAUGAACUUUUGAAUUUUUGACUGUUGAGAAAAAUCUUGUUCCGGUGAAAAAGAUAACGAUUUUCCAACUGUUUUGAGAGAAAAUCGUAAAAAUGAACUGUUUUACGUUGAUUUUAUUGCAUAAGUGCAUCAAGUGACUAGUGUUUUCGAUGAUGUUUUACGAUUGGUGUUACUAAUGAUUGUGUAACAAGAAUAAACCGAUAUGGGAACUGAUGAUGGAUCAGCUUUAGAAAGUCGUAUUCGCUUUCUACAAAAUCAGAUCAUCGAUUUAGGAUACAAAUAUGAAGUCUCGCCUGACUCUUUGCCGUUACUCGAAGCCUUGGUGGCUGAUCUGUUCCAAACCACCGACAGCUUGAAGCAUUAUAAGGAGCUUUCUCAGGGUUGUCUGCAGGCUUGUCAAGAGUUGGAGACAUUUGUGGAUGCUUAUAAGAAAGAUAACGCUCGUUUAAUUGCGGAAUUGAAUUCUUUAAAUUUGAAUACAAUCACUGAUAAAUCUUCGUAUGAAAAAAAAAUCAUAGAUUUAGAAAAACAAAUACAGCUGUUGAAGAAUCAAAAUGUUAACGAUGGAAAGCAUUGCUCGAAGAGUAAUUUUAGUCGUAGUAACACGAGAGUCGUCACUUGCAAAAGUAGCAAUGAGAAGUGUGACUUCUGUGCGAGGUUACUGCAAAAUAAAGAUAAUGAGAUUAAACAGCUUCAUUGCGAAAUACUAAGAUUGAAUAAUUUGUUAUCUGGUGGAAGACCUAUAGAUGUUUUAUUCAAACAAGAGCAAAAUCGAAGAUACGUUGAUCCGGAAUCGUGUUGCAUGCUUCGAAACGAUGCGAAAUUUCAACACUUGAUGAGUGUUUUACACAACGAACACGAAGCUAAAUGUCAUGCGGUGAAACACAUCGAACAUUCCGACAAGUUGAUCGAGCACCAGCAUCAAAAGUUACACGAUGAAAUUAACCGUCUUAAAAAUUCGUGUAAAAAUUUAGAAGACCUGAAAUCCGAAUUGGAAAAAGAAUUAAAAUCUUUGCGACAAACGAAUCAACAUUUGGAAUCUACUAAUGAAAAAUUUAAAAAAGAAGUGUCCGAGCUUCUCAAGCGUAACGAAGAAUAUCAAACUAAGCAGACUGAUAGAGAACGUCAGUUGGAAGCGAUUAAUUCAAACCUCGAUAAAGAAUUAUUGGAAUUGAAACGUUCUAGUCAAGAAAAAUCAGCCGAAAAAUCUCAUAUCGAAAAUCAGUUGAAGAAAUGCGUAGAUGAAAAGAAACACUUGUCAAACAGAGUGCAUGAACUGAGCGUAACAGAAAAAGAUUUGACCAUAGAAAUCAGCAGGCUAAGCAACAUCAACGCCAUCCAUAAAAGACAUAUUUUAGAAUUAGAAAACAAACUACUGGAAGUUUAUCAGACCAAAGAAAAAGAAGAACUGACUUCGAGGUUUGACCUUCUCAUAAACAAGAAACCUCUCGAAAAAAGAUCAGUUGUGAAUAAAACGGUGCAAUCUAAACUAAAUAAAGGACGUUUCAAGAAUCCGUCGAGUCAGCAAAGUACCGCUAGUGAUAGUAAAGUUACCGAAAAUAAAUUAUUACCUUAUAUUCGCGAUACUCGGGAAAAAUAUCAAAAACAAGUCAACGACAUCCAAGAAUCCGACAACGACGUACUUUCCUUUGUGAAAAGACUAGAAGAAGAAACCAGACUAAGUGUCGAAUCAGCUAGAGCUGUCCAAAGGCAACUAGAAUCGCAAUUGGAAUCUACUCUAAAACAAUUAGAACUGACAGAGAAGCAAAAAAAUGACUUCGAAAGAGAACUUCUUAUUAUGAAAGAUACAAAUGCCUCCGUUGAAGAACAAUUAGCUUAUAAAGAGUCUAGGAUAUCUCAUUUGGAGCAACUUGUGGCCAAUGUUCAAAAACAAGUCGAAUCUUCAUCUGCAACAAGCACUGCAUCGAGGAACGCUGAAGAAAUUCAUCGAAAAUCACUGUUAGAACUGGAACGUUUACGAAACCAAGUUAAAGAAUUGGAAAAAGUCAAAGAUAGUUUGCAAAUUGACAACAGAAAGUUACAAAACGAAAUGGCUACAUUAACGCAAGAUUACCUCUCGUGUAAAACUGAAAUGGAAAAGGCGAAGAAAGAAACUCAAGAUAUGAGAAACCAAAUGCACGAUUAUAUUGCCAAAGUUCGUGCAGCUGAAGAAACGUUGCAGCAAAAGGAUAAAGAACGAUCAGAUAUGUUGGAUCAUUUCCGUACACUGACCAUCGAAGCUACUCAGCUAGAAAGUAAUAAUCAAAGCUUGGAAAGUGAAGCCAGAUCUACUCGAAAUGCUUUACGUAAUGCCGAAUCUAAAAUCGCCGAUUUACAACACGUCAUACAGAAUAAAGACGCUCUCAUUAACGGAUAUGAAGAACAACUUGGCGAACUUACUAAAACGGUGGCCAAUCUCGAAACGCAAAUUUCCAAUUUAACCGAUCAUCGAGACAGAUUGAAAAUGAAUUUAGAUUCGUGCGAAGAAUUACGCAGCCAAAUCGAUAGCGACAGGGAUAACUUAUCUUCAACCGUAUCUUCGGUUAAAAUGUCCAAUAAAAAGAUGGAAAAAGAACUUCUGAGACUUCAAACAGAGAACCAAUGUUUGCAAGAACAAAUAUCCAAUGAGAAAAUAAACGUGAAUACGUUGGAAAAAUUACUUUCAAAAGCCAGAGAGAAUAAAUUCGACCAUAAUAUAUCAAUUUCUGAGUUACAAGAAGAAAUACGAGGGCUUAAAGCUAAUAUUAAAUGUUUACAAGAAUCAUUGGAAGGUCUUGGCAAGAAACUUCGAACUAGCCAGAACGAAGCUGCUGAGUAUCAAAGGCAGGUUGUUCAGCUAAAUAGAGAUUUAACAAAUUUGCAAUUUGAACGAAUUCGUAAUUCCGCAAAUAAUGAUACCAUUAACUAUAGCACGUUGUAAUAAUUCCAAUUGUACAGAUUAUUUUAUUUUCCUUUGCAUUUUUUUUUUAUAAUAUGUAUCCUGGAAGCUCCUCGAGUCUCCGAAGUGAGCGACGUUGUGAUAUUAAAGAACACGUGUAGUAUAUUAUACAGAUAAUACAACUUUUUUGUACUUUAAUUUUUAAAUAAAUUUUUACUAUUCGA